GAAGGAAGAUUUGAUAGCUCUCUACAGGAAAAGGCACCAUACCCUUCCUCUGUCGCCCUUAUUUGAAGAAAAGGACACGCCUCUACUUAAGUUUUACGUCAUGCCAGACAUAAAUUCAGUGGAAAUUCAGAUGGAGCCUGGAGGUAGCAAAGAAGUUAAGUCUGAGCUUACGUCAUUGCGUGAUGUGUUUUACAAGGAAAGUAAACCAUGUCAUGAAAUUUACCUUACUGCAGACGCUGGGUUUGGGAAAACAGCGUUAAGUAAACGGCUCGUUUUGACAUGGUGUCAGGCGAAAAAAUGUAUCCAAAGUGAAGAAAAAUACUUUGAAAAGGAAGAUAUUAGUGCAAUGUCAGAGUUUAAAUUUGUGUUUUUGUUGGCAUUACGUGAUUGUUCCGAAGAAUACGACAUUGAUAAAAUGAUCAUAAAACAAAUAAUUCCACAGCUGGCAAACACGUCUAUAACUAUCAGAGACCUGGAAAUUAUUCUUUCUAAGGAAAAAUGCCUGAUAAUACUCGAUGGAUUAGAUGAAUGGAGAGCGCCUGUCUGUAAACAAGGAAGAAGUGACAUUCCACACAGGAAAGCUAGGGAAUGUACAAUCCUCACAACAACCAGACCGUGGAAGCUGGGCGUUAGUAAGAUACGUUCAACUGAAAUAGAGCGAACAUUGGAAAUUAUCGGACUGAGUGAAACCUCUGCUGAAAGUUUAAAAAGGAGUGUGAUCUCACUACUGCGUGGUAAAACUGAUCUAGAAAAACACAUUCAGGACUUUGAUCGUGCUAUCAGUGAUAGAGGCAUUUCGAAUUUGGAAACUAUUCCACUCUUACUGAUGUAUCUUUUGUGUUUAUGGUGUGAUGGAAUAGAGCUAGGAUCAUGCAGAACUGAGUUAUACUGUCAAAUUGUUGAACUACUCCUAAAACGAACGAUUGAAAAACAUCCGGACAUGCAACAGUCGUGCGAACAAUCCCAGAGUGAUAUCCCACAAUGCUUCAGUGAACAUGAACAUUCUAAGAAACACAAUUUACUUUUGAAGACUUUAGGACAAUUAGCAUUUCAAACGUUAUUCAGUGAAAACAAAGAAAGCACUCUUGUGUUCAGCCAGUCAGUGACAGAGAAACACCUAACCCCAGAGUAUUUGAAAUUAAGUCUUGCUUCUGGACUGAUAACACAAAGUACAGAAAAGACAUUAACAAAACAAAUUUCUACAUUUUCAUUCUCGCACAAAACAAUACAGGAAUUUUUCUGUGCAUUGUACAUUAGCUGUCAAAAUGAAAGUGAUGUCAAAGAAAUCUUUCUGAAGGAAUGCAAAAGUUUACCAAGUAUUCUUGACAUGUCGACAGUGCUUGUUUUCAUCAGUGGAAUGAAUGCAGAAAUCAUUUCUUCAAAAUCUCGUAAUUUCAUGUCAGUAAUAAGUGAAGACAAGAGAACGAGCGAAUACAGAACUACGACUGAUGACGAAUGUGAACCUCUGAAAGACAUACAAGACAUGUACAUUUCUUGUAUGAAAGAAAACACGAGCGAUAAGGAACUCAUAAUUUACUGCCAAGACUUUUUCUUUAGCAAAGAUUGUAAAGAGGAAAAAUACUUUAACCAUUUAACGCGGCUCUCAAUGGACAAUAAAAACAACAUGACGUCAAUAAAUAUCGACAGACUAAGUGGUCGUAGUUUACGUGAUAUUAUUGAUUGUUGUGAUCUAGUUCAUCCGUUUAACAUCAAUAAAAUAUACUACGAGGGUUACGGUGAAAACGCGCCACUUCCUGUACUGUUAAACAAGUCAACGAAAUAUCUCACUGUUAGUUCGGCUGGUUCUUGGAGCCGUGAAAUGUUGCAAACAUUACAGAAUAAUUCUCUGUUACAAGCAAUUUAUAUCUUAGAUUUCAAGAUGAGCCACGAUGUGCUGAAUGACUUUCUGAAUUAUAUUAUACACAGAAAAACAAUGACGGAGAUUGGAUUGCGGUACUUAUCGUGUGCCGAGCACUGGGGGUCGUGUAGUAUCAGUCUGGAUUUUUGCCAGCAUUCAGAUCUAAGGAAGUUAGUAUUGAGCAGGAUACCUAAAGUGUCACAAUUGAAAGUUAAUAGUCAAGUGGAACACGUGAAGUUGGUGGAGAUCAAACUAGGUGAAAUGUCGCUGCCUCCUGGAUUGGGAAAUAUCAAACAUGUUAAGUUAUACAGUGUAAACAUGUCUGCUUCAACAUUGCAUGAUCUCGUUAAGGAAGUGGAGAAACUUUCACACAAAGUCACAGUAACAAUACGCGGGGGGUGUAAGAUAGAACCGGAAAGAGAGUUUGAACACGUUAAACAAUAUAUACACUCAUCUCAGAAUCUCCGAGUUACGCAGGAUGUUAGCGGGUGGUUUGAGUUUGAAAGUAAAAGUUGAAAGUUAAGUUACUAAAUAAACUCAGACUGAUAGUGUCAGUGUAUAUAGACAUCAUUCAUUCAAAAUACUAUAACUCAUUACACAACACACUGACAUAUGACAUAUGUGUAACAUGUCAUGUACAUUAUAAUUAAAAAUAGUGACAGUCGCGCGUGUUAGUGUAAUAAACAUUGGAUGAAAUUCUUGGAUAAAAAAUGGAUGUUCUUGUACACGGAUUUAUAAACAAAUUCAGUUUCCUUUCAUAAAGAUCGACGGCAAUACUUCAAGAGCAUAGAGGUAGCCUACACAUUCACUACCAUAAAAUACUUCACGUGUUCUUCCGGUGUCUGUGCUAGCCUGUAUACACACAGCGUGACAAACCGCAUCACCGUUUAUUUCUUGCAGUUGGACAAAAAGAAUUUACAGGACAAUAAUCGUAUUAUACCCAAAAUUCUAGCAUAAAACUUCUGUUCUUGUCACUUUUCGGGGGUGUUUUAACAAGAGAGAAAACGUGUGUUAACAGAGAGAUUCUCGCGCUCACGUGCUGUUAUAACACCUUUUUAUAUAUGCGCAUUCCGUGGCAAAGCGUAAACGCAUUACGGCCUCAAAACGGAUAAUUCAAAUGGAAAUGACGUCAACGUGAAAAAACAACUCAGAUAUUCCCGCGCAUUUCAUGGAAAUUUGAUGACGUUGAGGGAGAAUGUAUUCAUUUAUUAGUUUUCUCCACGUUUUAUGCUAGAAUAGCGUUAGCGCAUGUUCAUUUCGUGUUAUAACAUCUUCAGAAUCCCUCGGGAUACGUUGGUACCCUCGCCCUACGGGCUCGGGCACCAACCAAUCCCUCGGGAUUCUGCAGACGUUAUAACAUGAAAAAACAUGCGUUAUCCCUACAGUCUUGUGAGAAAAACUGCUUUGAAUUAUUAAUUUUCAUUAACAGAGACAAAUCAUACUGUUUUACCUAGAUUAGCUGGUAAAGAAAUGUCUGAAUUUCAUUUGUGUAAAAAUGUCGCAUUUGAACUCAUUUUCUAAUAAGAAAAGUUAAUAAGUAAAGUUUAUUAUGUACGUUAGUAUUAUGCGGAAGGGUUUUAAAUAGUCACGCGCGCUGUCUUAAGUCAACUUUUCUUUGUUAAAGUUUUGAUUUGUCUUCAUUUUGAUACUAAUUACUAACAAUGUUUAAUUGUUAUUUUGAGAUAAUCGGUUUUAAAAAAGCCUGGAAAUGGACGUUUUAUGGCAUACACAAUGACUGUUGCUGUGUUUGACAUACCACGACAAAGAAUUUUUUUAUGGAAUUGUUUAGAUAUUAAAUGCAUUUUGUUCUAAGAAACAACUAUGUUGUGAGGCAUAUUUUUAUGUCGUUACCAAAAUCACAAUUUGUUUGCAUAGUCUGUAACCGAUAUACUGCAGUUUAUUAUUUUCAUGCGAAUUAAAGGACUAUUUUAUGACUUACGCUCUCUGUAGAAAAUUAUUUGUUUCUAGCAGACGGCAUUCAUAAUUACACUAGGAAGAACAUAUUUAUACGAAAUCCCUGUACACUUCGUAGCUAACUUUUCAUAAUUUGAAAAAAAAACUAGGAAUCCUAUUUGUUUUAUACGAUUGUGAAAAAAAAUCUUUGAUUGAACAAUAGAUGAAAACUUUUCCUUGUAGAAAUUACUUGGAUUGUUAAUUAUUAGAGUUACUUUUAUAUGACUUUUUUUAUCUCUUCUUAAAAUGUUCACUUAUUUCUAAAUAUUAAACUAAUAGAUGUUGCAAAAACAAAAAAAAAAUAAUCUUUUCAUGAACAAGAGUUGGUUUUACAACAAAAUGGAAAUUUGGACUAUAUGAUAAAUAGACUCAGAUAAUUAGCAUACACUUAUAAAUUUAUAUGUAGGUCUAUUUCUAAAGGGAGAAAAUCGUAUCCUUUCUGAAGUAUAGCUGUUACCUUGUGUAUAUACAGUUGAGAGACUUUAGUAGAUAUAUUGUCUGUACGCCUUAGGUAAUUUAUAUUUUAUGUGAGCUGUUUUUAGCUCACCUGAGCAAUGUGAUCGCUCGAUGUCCGGCGUCCGUCGUAUGUCGUCUGUCUGUCAACAUUUAGCUUGUGUAUGCGAUAGAUGCUAUAUUUUUCAACUGAUCUUCGUAAAAUUUUGUCAGUAUGAUAACCUUGAUAAAAUCUAGGCCAAGUUUGAAAAUAGGUUAUCUGGGGUCAAAAACUAGGUCACUAUGUUAAAUCAAAGAAAAACACUGUGUAUGCGAUAGAGGCUGCAUUUUUCAACUGAUCUUCAUGAAAUUUUGUCAGAAUGAUCACCUUGAUGAAAUCUAUGACGAGUUUGAAGAUUGAAUAUCUUGAGUUAAAAACUAGGUCACUAGGUUAACUCAAAGAAAAACUUGUGUAUGUGAUAUAGGCUGUAUUUUCAGUUGAUCUUCAUGAAAUUUGGCAGAAUGGUUGCUUUGAUGAUAUCUAGGCCGAAUUAAAAAUAGCUCAUCUUUGAUCAAAAAGUAGGUCAUUAGGUCAAAUCAAAGAAAAAAACUUGUGAAUGUGAUAGAAGCUGUAUUUUUAAGUUGAUCUUCAUGAAAUUUGGUCAGAAUGAUUGCCUUGAUAAAAUUUAGGUCGAGUUUGAAUAUGGGUUAUCUGGAAUAAAAAACUAGGUCACAAGGUCCAAUCAAAGAAAAACCUUGUGUAUGCAAUAGAGUCUGCAUUUGUUGAUUGAUCUUCAUGAAAUAUAGUCAGAAUGAUUGCCUUGAUGAAAUCUAGGCAGAGUUUGAAUAUUGGUCAUCUGGGACCAAAAACUAGGUCAUUAGGUCAAAUCAAAGAAAACUCUUGUGUAUGUGAUAGAAGCUGUAUUUUUCAAUUGAUCUUCAUGAAAUUGGGUCAGAAUAAUUGCCUUGAUGUAAUCAAGGUCGAGUUUGAAUAUUAGUCAUCUGUAUUAAAAAGUAGGUCACUAGGUCAAAUCAAAGAAAAAACUUGUUUAUGCGAUACAGGCUGUAUUUGUCACUUGACCUUCAUGAAAUUUGGACAGAAUGAUUGUCUUGAUAAAAUCUAGGCCAUGUUUAAAUAUAGGUCAUCUGGGGUCAAAAACUAGGUCACUAGGUCGUAUCAAAGAAAAUAUUUGUUUAAACUCAAGAAACCACAUUUUGGGUUCAAUCCUAGUGAAAAUUUGGCAGAAUGUUUGUUUUCAUGAAAUCACUAGGUCAAACUUGUUUACACUGUUAUGGUGUGUUUCUCAGGUGAGCGACCUAGGGCCAUCUUGGCCCUCUUGUUAGUUUUACUUAAGGUCAAAUGUUUGAGCCUUUCAUUUCGUUUCCGCCCUUGUAUCUCCUUAACCCCUUGAACGAUAAUCAUGAAACUUGGGUCAAUUGAUCACCUUAUCAAAACGAUGUGCAGAACUCAUGAGUCAGCCAUGUCGGCUUAAGGUCAAGGUCACAAGGACAAAUGUUUGAGCCUUCCAUUUUGUGUGCACUCUGUAUCUCCUAAACCCCUUGAAGGAUAAUCAUGAAACUUGGAUCAAAUGAUCUUCAUAUCAAUUAAUCCCCCACCAUGAGUGUUAGGGGCUAUAGGAAUGGUCUCCUUCCGUUCGUCCGUCCAUCCAUCUUCCGUCCUUCCGUACCAUUUUGUGUCCGCUCUGUAUCUCUUAAACUCCUUGAAGGAUUUUCAUGAAAUUUUGAUCAAAUGAUAACCUCAUCAGGACGAUGUACUAAACCAUGAGACGGCCAUGUCUUUUCAAGGUCAAGGUCACAACUCAAGAUCAAAUGUUUGAGUCUUGCAUUUUGUGUCCGCCCUUUAUUUCCUAAACCCCUCAAAGGAUAAUCAUGAAACUUGAAUCAAAUGAUCUUCUCAUCAAUUAAUGCCCCGCCACGUGUGGUGGGGGUUAUAGGAAUUGUCUCCAUCCAUCCUUCCGUCCAUCUAUCUUUCGUCCUUCUGUCCGUCCGUAACAUUUUGUGUCUGCUCUGUAUCUCUUAAACCGAUUGAAGGAUUAUCAUGAAACUUGGGUCAAAUGAUAACCUCAUCAGGUCGAUGUGUAGAACUUAUGAAUCAGUCAUGUCGGUUCAAGGUCAAGGUCACAACUCAAGGUCAAAUGUUUGAGCUUUGCUUUUUAUGUCCACCCUUUAUUAGCUCAGGUGAGUUUUUUCUGAUCGCUCGAUGUCCGGCGUCCGUCGUCUGUCUGUCGUCCGUCAACAUUUAGCUUGUGUAUGCGAUAGAGGCUGUAUUUUUCAACUGAUCUUCAUGAAUUUUAGUCAGAAUAAUAAUCUUGAUGAAAUCUAGGCCGAGUUCGAAAAUGGGUCAUCUGGGAUCAAAAACUAGGUCACUAGGUCAAAUCAAGGAAAAACCUUGUGUAUGCGAUAGAGGCUGUAUUUUUCAGUUGAUGUUCAUGAAAUUUUGUCAGAAUGAUAACCUUGAUGAAAUCUAGGCCAAGUUCAAAAAUGGGUCACCUGGAAUUAAAAACUAGGUCACUAGGUCAAAUCAAGGAAAAACAUUGUGUAUGCGAUAGAGGCUGUAUUUUUCAAUUAAUCUUCAUGAAUUUUUGUCAGAAUGAUUACCUUGAUGAAAUCUAGAUCGAGUUUAAAAAUCGGUCAUCGGGGGUCAAAAACUAGGUCACUAGGUCAAAUCAAAGAAAAACCUUGUGUAUGCGAUAGAGGCUGUACUUUUCAAUUGGUCUUCAUGAAAUUUUGUCAGAAUGAUAUCCUUGAUGAAAUCUAGGCUAAGAUUGAAAAUGGGUCACCCGGGGUCAAAAACUAGGUCACUAGGUCAAAUCAAGGAAAAACCUUGUGUAUGCGAUAGAGGCUGUAUUUUUCAUUUUAUCUUCAUGAAUUUUGGUCAGAAUGAUUACCUUGAUGAAGUAUAGGCUGAGUUUGAAAAUGGGUUAUCUGGGGUUAAAAAGUAGGUCACUAGGUCAAAUCAAAUAAAACCCUUGUGUAUGCGAUAGAGGCUGUAUUUUUCAACUGAUCUUAAUGAAAUUUUGUCAGAAUGAUAAUCUUGAUGAAAUCUAGGCCAGUUUUGAAAAUGGGUCAUCUGGGGUCAAAAACUAGGUCAUUAGGUCAAAUCAAAGAAAAACCUUGUGUAUGCGAUAGAGGCUGUAUUUUUUAAUUGAUCUUCAUGAAUUUUGGUCAGAAUUAUUGCCUUGAUAAAAUCUAGGUCAAGUUUGAAUAUGGGUCAUCGGGGAUAAAAAACUAGGUCACUAGGUCAAAUCAAAGAAAAAAGUUUUGUAUGCGAUAGAGGCUGUAUUUUUUAAUCGAGGUUGAUGAAAUUUAGUCAGAAUGAUUGCCUUCAUCAAAUCUAGGUCAAAUUCGAAUAUAGGUCAUCUUAGCUCAAAAACUAGGUCAUUAGGUCAAAUUGAAAAAAAUGCUUGUUUACACUUAAGAGACCACAUUUUUUAUCCAAUCUUAAUGAAAAUUGGUCAGAAUAUUUGUUUCCAUGAAAUCACUAUAUAUGUCAAACAUGUUUACACUGUUAUGGUAUGUUUAUCAGGUGAGCGACCUAGGGCCAUCUUGGCCCUCUUGUUUCCUUAACCCCUCAAAGAAUAAUCAUGAAACUUAGGUUUAAUGAUCUUCUCAUCAAGACAAUAUGUAGAAUUGAUGAGUCAGCCAUGUCCGUUUAUGGUCAAAGUCACGGUUCAAGGUCAAAUGUUUCAGCCUUCAUUUCGUGUCUGCCCUGUAUCUCCUUAAUCCUUUGAACGAUAAUCAUGAAACAUGGGUCACAUGAUCACCUUAUCAAAACAGUAUGCAGAACCCAUGAGUCAGCCAUGUCGGCUAAAGGUCAAGGUCACAACUCAAGGUCAAAUGUUUGAGCCUUCCAUUUUGUGUCCACUCUGUAUCUCCUAAACCCCUUGAAGGAUAAUCAUGAAACUUGGAUCAAAUGAUCUUCUCAUCUUAAUCCCCCGCCGUGAGCGGUGGGGUUUAUAGGAAUUGUCUCCGUCCAUCCUUCCGUCCGUCCGUCCAACAAUUUCCCGUCCUUCUGUCUUUCUGUAACGUUUUGUGUCCGCUCUGUAUCUCUUAAACUCCUUGAAGGAUUAGAAUGAAACUUGGGUCAAAUAAUAACCUCAUCAAGGAAAUGUGCAGAACCUAUGAGUCAGCCAUGUCGGUUCAAGUUUAAGGUCACAACUCAAGGUCAAAUGUUUGAGCCUUGCUUUUUAUGUCCGCCCUUUAUUUCCUUAACCCAUCAAAGGAUUAUCAUGAAACUUGGGUCCAAUGAUCUUCUUAUCUAGACAAUGUGCAGAAUCUAUGAGUCAGCUAUGUCCGUUCACGGUCAAUGUCUCGAUUCAAGGUCAAAUGUUUGAGCCUUUCAUUUCGUGUCUGCCCUGUAUCUCCUUAAUCCUUUGAACGAUAAUCAUGAAACGUGGGUCAAAUGAUCACCUUAUCAAGACGAUGUGCAGAACCCAUGAGUCAGCCAUGUCGGCUUAAGGUCAAGGUCACAACUUAAGGUCAAAAUUUUGAGCCUUCCAUUUUGUGUCCACUCUGUAUCUCCUAAACCCCUUGAAGGAUAAUCAUGAAACUUGAAUCAAAUGUUCUUCUCAUCAAUUAAUGCCCGGCAUGAGUGUUGGGGGUUAUAGGAAUUGUCUCCGUCAUUCCUUCCGUCCUUCCGUAAUAUUUGGUGUCCACUCUGUGUCUCUUAAACCCCUUGAAGGAUUAGAAUGAAACUUGGGUCAAAUAAUAACCUCAUCAAGGAAAUGUGCAGAACCUAUGAGUCAGCCAUGUCGGUUCAAGGUCAAGGUCACAACUCAAGGUCAAAUGUUUGAGCCUUGCUUUUUAUGUCCGCCCUUUAUUUCCUUAACCCAUCAAAUGAUAAUCAUGAAACUUGGGUCCAAUGAUCGUCUUAUCUAGACAAUGUGCAGAAUCUAUGAGUCAGCUAUGUCCGUUCACGGUCAAUGUCUCGAUUCAAGGUCAAAUGUUUGAGCCUUUCAUUUCGUGUCUGCCCUGUAUCUCCUUAAUCCUUUGAACGAUAAUCAUGAAACAUGGGUCAAAUGAUCACCUUAUCAAGACGAUGUGCAGAACCCAUGAGUCAGCCAUGUCUGCUUAAGGUCAAGAUCACAACUUAAGGUCAAAAUUUUGAGCCUUCCAUUUUGUGUCCACUCUGUAUCUCCUAAACCCCUUUAAGGAUAAUCAUGAAACUUGAAUCAAAUGUUCUUCUCAUCAAUUAAUGCCCGGCAUGAAUGUUGGGGGUAAUAGGAAUUGUCUCCGUCAUUCCUUCCGUCCUUCCGUAAUAUUUUGUGUCCACUCUGUAUCUCUUAAACCCCUUGAAGGAUUAGAAUGAAACUUGGGUCAAAUAAUAACCUCAUCAAGGAAAUGUGCAGAACCUAUGAGUCAGCCAUGUCGGUUCAAGGUCAAGGUCA